AUGGCUACAUUCACUGACAUAGGAGUCGCAGCAGCCAUGAACAUAUUAAGUGCCUUAGGAUUCCUCAUGGCAUUUGCUCUAUUAAGGCUGCAGCCAAUAAACGGCAGAGUUUACUUCACCAAGUGGUAUCUUAACGGUGAAAGAAGCAGCAGAACCCACUCAGGAACAUUCAUCCAUAAGUUCAUCAAUUUAAAUCCGAGGUCGUACUUGAGAUUUCUGGAAUGGAUGCCAGCUGCCCUUAAAAUGUCUGAACUUGAAUUGAUAGAGCAUGCAGGACUUGAUUCAGCUGUUUUCUUGAGGAUAUACUUGAUCGGGCUUAAAAUUUUUAUUCCCAUCACUAUCCUGGCAUUCUUUGUUCUUGUACCUGUCAACUGGACAAAUAGCACUCUGAAAAAUUUAAACAGCAUUCAGUACAGUAACAUAGACCAUCUCUCCAUAUCAAAUGUUCCUGCAGGGUCACAGAGGUUUUGGGUCCAUUUGGUUAUGGCAUAUGUCUUUACCUUUUGGUCAUGUUAUGUGUUGCUUAAGGAGUACAAAAUUGUUAUGGCAAUGAGGUUACAAUUUCUUGCAUCAGUCGAACGCCGUCCUGAUCAGUUCACCGUCCUAGUUCGAAAUGUGCCACCUGAUCCAGAUGAGUCAGUUAGCGAGCUUGUUGAACAUUUUUUCCUUGACAAUCAUCCUGAUCAUUACUUAACCCAUCAGGUUGUGUACAAUGCAAACAAAAUUGCUAAGCUGGUUAAUGAGAGGGAACAUAUGGAGAAUUGGCGUGACUUCUAUCAACUGAAAUAUGAUCGCAAUCCGUCUAAAAGACCUACUAUAAAGACUGGUUUUUGGGGAUUGUAUGGUCACAAGGUGGAUGCAAUUGAUUUUUAUGUAUCAAAGAUUGAUAAGCUCUCUAAAGAAGAAGCCACAAAGCAGGAGAAUAUAAAAACGAACCCUAAGCAUAUCAUGCCAGCUGCAUUUGUUUCCUUUCGAACACGAUGGGGGGCUGCUGUUUGUGCACAAACACAGCAGACUAGAAAUCCCACAUUGUGGUUGACUGAGUGGGCUCCAGAACCUCGUGAUAUAUAUUGGCAGAACCUAUCAAUUUCAUUCGUCUCCAUUACAAUUAGAAAGUUGAUUGUAGCAGUGGCCUUCUUCUUUCUGACCUUUUUCUUUAUGAUUCCAAUUACAUUCGUACAAUCACUUGCAAAUAUUGAAGGAAUCGAGAAGGUGGCUCCAUUUUUAAAGCCCUUAAUUGAAGUACCUGUCAUUAAGUCAUUCAUCCAAGGUUUUCUCCCCGGAAUUAUUCUGAAGAUCUUUCUUAUAUUGCUGCCUAUGAUACUGAUGCUUAUGUCGAAGUUUGAAGGAUUUGUAUCAUUGUCAGCCCUGCAGAGAAGAUCUGCAUCUAAAUAUUACAUCUUUUUACUAGUCAAUGUGUUUUUGGGGAGUAUAAUUGCUGGAACAGCUUUCGAGCAACUUAAUAGUUUUAUACACCAGUCAGCAAAUGAAAUUCCGAAAACAAUUGGAGUAUCCAUUCCAAUGAAAGCAACUUUCUUCAUUACUUAUAUCAUGGUUGAUGGUUGGGCUGGAAUUGCUGGGGAGAUUUUGAGAUUGAAGCCUCUUAUUUUCUUCUACUUCAAAAAUCUUUUCUUGGUAAAGACGGAAAAGGACAGGGAAAAGGCCAUGGAUCCUGAAAGCAUUAAUUUUGCCACAUCUGAACCUCAAAUACAGCUGUAUUUCUUACUUGGUCUUGUAUAUGCUGCAGUCACACCCUUCUUACUUCCUUUCAUUCUGGUAUUUUUCGCUCUGGCAUAUGUUGUUUUUCGCCAUCAGAUUAUAAAUGUGUACGACCAAAAAUAUGAGACUGCUGCAGCAUUUUGGCCAGAUGUCCAUGGCCACAUUAUCACUGCUUUGGUCAUAUCCCAGCUGCUUCUACUUGGACUUUUAAGUACACAGCAUGCUGCUAAGUCAACACCUUUGCUUAUCCCCCUUCUGGUGUUGACCAUUUGGUUUCAUAGGUUCUGCAAGAAUCGCUAUGAACCUGCUUUUGUUAAAUAUCCACUUCAGGAAGCAACAAUGAAAGAUGCAUUAGAACGCGAAAGGGAGCCUAACCUAGACUUGAAAGCAUACUUACGGGAUGCAUAUGCACACCCAGCCUUCAAAAAGAGGGAGGAUGACGACAAGGUUGCAGGUGAUGAAGCAGAACUUGAGACUAUCUGGUGCCCACCAAGCACCAGUCAUGCAAGGGGACACCAAUCUCCAGCAAGUUCGGCUGCUCAUGACCACCGUCCCUACCUGAUGUUGUCCAAGAACAGUGAUAGCACACCAUAGUACUGUGCAAUCCUGUGAUGGA